AUGCAAUAUUUCGCCUCCGCAGACAGACCUCGAGAAGUUAACAACCAUCACGGUAACCAUGCUGUUUGGCUACAGUAUGUGGAGAGGGUCCGUACGUGGAGCACCAUACUGGGACUAAUGCCCGAGGCAGAAACGACCCUUGACAGAAAUUCAGGAGGUGACCUGCGGAUAACCAAUUUCCUUGCUAAUGACUCUAGAACAAUAAGAACAAUGGACGACUCCCAGAUCUCACUUUAUCAGGUCAAACCCUUGCAGCGAUAUAGUUUCGACGGAGGGACUGGGCGUCGAUAUGACUGGUCCAAGUACCAAUUUUCGACUCCAAAUAAUCAUCAGUUGCAGCCAAAACCCUUGUCGCAAAUCCACAGGCCAAGAGAGUUGCAACCUUUGAUAUGA